UCGUUUCUGUGAUGAACUUUGGUUGUUUAUUUUACUUCUUGACAGCUGUUCAACUAACCCGUACCGCCGCAUGGUUGUACCCCUGCAAGCGACUUGGCUGGGGUUCAUACACACUGCACAAACAGUGCGUCCUGGAGAAUGUAGUCAUUAAAAAUGAAACGCUGCUGUACCGGAUCUACUUUCCUCCGGUUGAUCUGGAAAUCGAAUCCGGCUUCAUACCGGACUUCAGUCGGGAGGUCGCAGAACGAAUGAGCCCGAAAACUAAGCGACUUUCGGUACAGUUUUGUGGCACUGAGCGGGCAUUCAUCAGGGAAUCCUUGGAGUAUGUUCAACUUAGUUACAAUAUGAUCUCCGAAGUGAGUUUCGAUUCCGCACAGCGAUUGAACGUUUGGUCGUUGCAUAUGAACAAUAACAAUUUGCGGGACAUUUCGUUCGUGAGUGACAUCGAAUCGUUGGUAAUUUUGACGGCGAGGAAAAAUUUAAUAAGUUCGGUUGAUUGGAACACGUUCAAGAACUUGCACCGUUUGUUGACGUUAGAUUUAACGAGUAACCUAAUCAAGAAAAUUGAUAGCUCGACUGAUCUACAACUACCAGUGCUGAAACGUCUCAUUCUAGGAAGCAACAGAAUCGAACAGUUUGACCUAAACGGAUUAACUUUGAGUGAAGUCAAAGAAUUCAACAUUUCGUAUAAUCAAUUGAUGAGCAUCAACCUUUUCGAUUUCGACCGAACCUUCCGCGCACUAGAAUCUAUUGAUGUGAGUAACAAUCCCUGGAAUUGUGAAAGGCGUCGGCGGUUUGACGACAGAAUGAUUCUGACAGGAGUGAUCAAACGACGAUCGAUGUCUUCGGAGCAAGUCGCCUGUCACGAAGAUCAACUAGAAGCGAUCGCGCUGACUACACCGGAAGCGAUACAUAAAGAACAGUACAAUUUUAAUCACAUGAAAGAUUUUUAUUCCGAUCAAGUCAAGCAACACGACAUCAGCAGGCGACUAGCGAUUGCAAAAGAAAGAUUUUCGUACCUAAGCUAUGAUUUAGAAACGAUGGACACUUCCUUGCGUAAAUUGAAUCAGAAAACCGCUCAUCUGUUCCAGUUAUACAAUCUACGAACGUCACGUAACAUAAACAUCUCUAGCCUAGCGUGCUACUCUUGCACAUAAUCUCCGAAUGGAAUAAUAAAGCCGUAAAACCGUAAAAUUAUUA